CUUCAUAAACUCGAGAUAAGGAAACACUUCAUUUCCUUCAUAAGCAAGAGAUAAAUUUGGUUUCGAUUCAAUUGAAGAUCACAUUGCAGAUUAGCAAAAUGUUGGGGAAAAGCGUAGCCCUAGUAUUGCUAUUCUUCGUCCAUAAUAUUGCCUUUUCAGAACAAGGCGGGACAUGCAAAAUUCAAUCAUUGAAGUCUAUUCCUGGACCAAGUCAACAGAUAGACAAAUACCAAACGAGUUCUGGUAACAAAUCUUUGGACAUAAAAUCGUGCGGCCCACCUGGAACUCCUGACAUAAUAUAUAAAGUGAAACCUGAGAAGAUCACAGCAAAGAGCCGUUCUGUAGAAAUAGAGCUUACGGUUAUGCUACUAGCUGCUAUUACCGAUGGUGGAUAUGCUGAUGUUUCUGUGUUACUUGGGCAUGAUGACCAACCAAUAAGAUUUUUCUCUGCUAUUGACUGUGGAAUGUUGCAUGAUGACAUUGAGUGCCCUCUGCCAUUGAGUAAAAAAGACUGGUUGUAUGUAAAGGCAGUUUGUGACACCAGAUUUUAUUUGCCGAACCUAAGUGGUAAGGUAAACGCAAAGAUAACGAACUACAAUGAAGAAGAAGUGGUUUGCUUUGAAGGCCAAUUUCGUACAUUCUAACUAACAAGUAAACACGUUAGCCAAGUUAAACAAAUCGUGUCAUUUUAUAGUCAGAAAUACUCAAAUACAUCAUGUAAUCUUUUAUCAUGAAGAAUUUCCUAUUAUGUACAGCCUAGUACUUAGUAGCUACUUUCACGCGAAUUUAGGCCUAAAUAAAUGCAUAGAAAAUCAGAAUUGAAUCUACGACGAGAUAUCGUGUGUGAUUUUUAAUUAUGUACCCUAUACUGUAUAGCGAACGCUGUGAGUUCGUAGCUAAGAUAUCUGGACUGCUUUUCUAUCAAUGGUGAUACGAUAAAGCAGAAACAAAUUGUUUUUAUUACAAGUAGCUGAAGAAGGAUAUAGUAUAAAUAUUAAAGAAUAAAUGAAUAUGUUCAUGUUAAAUUUGUGCUUGCUGAAAUAUAGUUUCAAAAUAUAGAGGGAUUGAUUUUCAAUAUCAAAUUUAAAGAGUAAACUGCAUUUGCGGAUGUUCUCUGUUCAGACAAUCGUUUUUUUCGCACCAUAACAACUAUCUAUGACCUACAAGAUACAUCCUCGAUUAAAAUAAUUUGGGGAAAAAAAAUAAAUAUUCACGUUUAGUGUAAUACAUGUGUAAUAUAGCACAUCAUAUGAAAGCUUAUACAAUUUUCUAUCCGUUGAUACCAUA